GCCAGUAUAAAAGGGAGACCGUUACAAUUCCAUCGUCACACUUCCACCAGCUCCUUGUUCUCCUGGACAUCCAUUGGUCAGUCCUCUCUCAGUUUGUUUGAAGAAUUCGAAUCCAGUCAACCAGAAUGGCGAUUAUCAAAAUUGCGUUGGUCUUUGUGACGUUGGCGGCAGUGGCUUACGCCACGGAGGUGGCCGAAGAGGUCGAGGAUUUGGAGUUGGCCGAGUCCAAAGGCAAGAAACACGGUGGAAGCAGCUACGGGUACGCAGCAUCCAGCUACGGCUACAGCGCACCCAGCUACGGCUACAGCGCACCCAGCUACAGCGCACCCAGCUACAGCGCUCCUAGCUACGGCUACAGCGCUCCUAGCUACGGUUACAGCGCUCCUAGCUACGGCUACAGUGCACCCAGCUACGGAAAGGGCAAAGGCAAAGGCAAAGGUGCCAGCUACUACGCCGCCCCCAGCUACGGAAGCUACGGCGGUAGCUACGGAAGCAGCAGCUACGGAUAUGGUGGCGCUUCUUACGGAAAAGGCAAAGGAAAGGGACAAAAGUCCAAGGGAAAGGGUAACUCUUACGGAUAUGCCAGCAGCGGAUACGGCAGCAGCUACGGCGGUGCUUAUGGUGGUGCUUACAGCUCAGGAUACGGCAGCCACGGAUACGGCUACGGAGGCAAAGGAAAGGGAAAGGGCGGUUAUUAAUCAACCAUAUAAUCCAACCUCCGCAUCAUUACAUGCAUCACCUUUCAAUAUUUGUAAUCAUGUCUGUCCUAUACAAUACCCUCCCUCCCGUGUGAAGUGCAAUGAGCUCAAGACUAUUUUAAUAUAAAUACAAAUGUUAAUACACAAGUAUUUCUUCCACAA